AACAUUUGUUUCAGUAAAUGAGGAAGGAAAUGGUCGUUUUCCUAUAGUUGUAAUAUUUUUAUUAAAUUUCUAACAUAAAAUCAUUAGUAAUCUGAAAAUAUGACUGAUAAGGAAAUUACAUUAGAGGAUCUAGAAGAGACGGUGAAGCGUACAGAUGAACAGCUAGACCUGAUGGAGUGGAAAAUGGACAAUGUGGAGAGAGACUUGGUGGAACCGGUCAACACUCAGGACCUUUGUGUCAUCAACCUACUCAAAUCUGUCUCUGAGGUACGUUCCGACUACCAGCAGUUACGUCGUGAGCUAGUAGAGGUACAAGCCCUCCAGAGGGAGCUCUCUUCGCGGCUACGCGCUCAAUUACGUCUCGUUCACGGCAAGUUUGCGCGUCUAAGGCAGAGGCUGGCGGCUGCUUCCCCGCCGCGUUGAACUUCACUACUUAACUGCCCCUCAUGUCUACCAUUAAUAUAGGAACCUUGGUCACGGCACCUAAUUUGAAAUAAUUUAUCAUUGGAAAACUUAAACGAAAGAAAUUACUUGAGUUUUCCUUUAUUAAAAUUACAAAAUUAAUCUUAUUCUAUCCAAUAUACAUUUGUCAAAAAGACAUGAGAGGUCAAAUGAAGUAUGAUAAACAUACAUACUAAGAAAUAGCUCAACAUAGUGCCCCAACCCGUAGAAGGACAUCGUGUACCUAAGUCGUAACUGAUAGAAAUACGAAUAUGAUGUGCCAAUGUUUAGAAAUAACUACAUCUAGUUUUAAUUAUAUCUACGAGCACAGCGUUAGCACGAUACCUUUAUACCUUCAUACGUUUGAUCUCCAUUUUGAGUGAGAUAUUUAAUGAAAUAAGCUAGCGUUUCAAUAAUAUGGGAUUAUAAAUUUUAAAGUAAACACGACUGUACUUGGUGGGACAGAGCGAUCAACAUUCUCAAAGCAAUAAGUGCAGGAAGUUAAGAUAAUAUCUAAGCUUAAUCGUUUGAUUUUUAAACGAACUAUACGUGACGGAAUAUGAUCGUAGACUAGAUGGUCGUAAGUCACUUAGAUUACAACAUUUAAUGACUGCAUUUAUUGAAUUAUGUGGUAUAAUGUGCAUACAAAAUUCAUAAUGAAUUAACGCUUUAUAAAAAUAUGCGUAAAAUAAAAUUAUUGAUCGUUCUGUUGCAUCUUUAGGAAAUCAAACUAAAAAUACCUGUUUAUUUUUGUCUAUUUGUCAGUGCCACAGUCUGUAUGUAUGUACAAAUUCUCUCAUUAUAAAUAAAUAUUCUUAAUGGAAUCGCAAAAAAAUAUCUACCGCAUGAUAUGUUGUGUGUAUUUUAGCAAUAACUGCUGUGUGUAUGUUAAAUAGGUUUUUAUAGCCUUUCAAUUGUUGAAUGCAAUGUAUUAUGAACUUUGUAGCAAUAGUGUUUUAGUCCAAUUUCACCUGAGUACAAUUGGCAAGAUUCUUUUCGACUGAAAUACUAAAAGUUAAUUUUAAUUCUGUAGGUUAUAGUUGAAUAUUAGCUGAAUUAGCAUUAAAACACGAAAACGUGGAUUUUAUAUCAGUAUUCGAAAUUAGAUCCGUUGACCUGCGUUUUCGGAAGACAGAAGGGAGAUUUUUACCCAUACAAUUUUUUUUUUACUAUUAUUGUAAUUUUUUAUUUUAAAAUUAUUUGAUAUAUUUACCGUAGAUUACGUUUUAGACUUUUGAUUUAUAUAAUCUUAAUUAGAAAAGAAAUAUUUGGAUUAAAUAUAAAUGAUGGCAUAUUUUCAAAGUAUGCAUUGCGUGUGAAGUCUGAAAUUAAUAAUAAUAAGUGCCAAAAAUACCUAUCGUUCGGAUCUAAAACUAGCAUCUAUAUGGCAAACCGGACAAUAAACAUCUGGUGGUAACAGUACACUGUGUACCACUGUAGAACCAAGUCAAUUAAAAAAAAAUAUCCCCAGAACCGGUUUGACCGAAAAUUGUACCCAAUAUCUUAUUAAAUAAGAAUCUAUUAUGAGCUAACCCUUCUUUGCAUAAUGGUGGAAAUUUCCAUUAUAACAUUGAAUGCCCAAAAAUUAUAUAAAAGAACAAGUACACUUUAAGUUGAUCGUGUGUGGAUACCUUUUUAAUGUCCAUUGCAGAAAAAAAAAACAUAGCUGUCAAAUUUAUUUUUUUAAUCAUUUUUCCUUUAAUUUUGAACAUGAAUUAUAUCACCUUGAUUUAUUUCACCAAUAAAAAAACAUCAUGCAAAGAAGGGUUAUAUCCGCUGUCCCGCCAUAGUUGUAUACUUAUUUUUUUAAUAUUUCCAUUUUGUGUUCAUAUUAAAAAAAAAAACUACUUAAUAUUUUUUAAAUCAGUAGGAUUACUGAUAAUUUGUUUAUUUAGUAUUUUUUUUAUAUUAGGGUCGAUUUUGAGGCCCCCAAGUUCUCUAAACCUAUCUCUUAAUAUUUUAAUUCAAUAAUUUUGGGAAAUUACUGUUUUAUGGACCAUCAUAAAUUAAGUUUGUAAUAAUUUGGACUUUAUUAGAAAUUUAGUUCAUAUUGGUCCUUUUAGAAUAAAGAUUUCGAUGUUAUAUCAAAUUGAAAUUUUACACAUAGGUUUAGAGUAACAACGUCUCAGAAUAGGCCCCAUUGCUAGGAAAUUAAUUUUAAUAGAAUUACUUAUUGAAAUCGAUUCUGAAGUGCCAUGAUCUCUAAAUAAAUGUGAGACUUAAUUGGAUUGUUGCGAUAUUGUAUUGAGACGACGAGGUUGGUAGACAUGUAUACAGAGGGAGACUUUGUACAUCGAUUGCUUGGGUACCUUUGUCCGUGUUUCUACCGUGAAGCAGUUGUGUUUGCAUAGCUGUGUUUCGGUUUGAAGGGUCGGAUAUGGCGUGAAUUUACUGGGUACAGAGGAAUAACACCCGAGUCCUCAGGAAUGGCAACGCAUGGGGGGUAUCAUGGGCGAAACAGUAUACUCUGUUAUGUCCAUGGUACUGCUCAUGUCUAUAGGCGACGGUUAUCACUUUCCAUCAGGUGGACCGUCAGCUUGUUUGCCAUUCUAAGUUGUAUAAAAAAAUCUAAUAGCUCGGUUAUGACUGUCAAAAUUAAGAAAUAAAAAUGUUUUCAAAUACUAAAUGCAAAUAUAGGAAAUUAAUACAAAACUGGUGGGGCGAUACAUUGACCUAGUACGUGCAUUGCUAAAUUAACAAUUAUUAAAUUUCUUAGUAAACCAACAAUUUUAUUGCUUUGCACGCAUGAACAUAGAUAUACUCUCUUAGAUAGACUCCAUAUGGAUCAUCAACUCAGCCGUUAAAUGUACAUAGGCCUUCCCCAUAGACUGCCAUAAGGAACGGAUCGACCCCCUGCAUUGUAUUUGAGGUCGUCGCCCCAUCUUGUAGGGGUCGUCCUUCACUGCGUUUGCCUGUAAGGAGUUAAUUGGAAAUUACAGGGAAAUAAAGAUUAGAGCCUGUAGUAUUUCAAAAGCGGAUCUAGGCAUAAUAUUUUUAGAAGAUCACUUAAAAUUUUAGUUUUUCAGACACUGGUUUAGGGAAUGGCACUUCAGAAUAAAUGUAAUUUUUUUUUGGUUGGUUUUAUUAGUCAUACAAUCAGGACAAACGAUAGAUCUACCUGUAACUUAUUAUUAACUUAUUACUACCCAUUCUGAGAAAAAUACGAAGAAGAAUAUUUCCCCUUUGCCUAAUGUAAAUUUAAAAAAAAAAACUCGAUUUUGAUUAUUUCAAUAGAUUUUAAUAUAAACUAUGCUUAAGUUUGUUCAAAGCAAAUUAAUAUUUUUAAUUUGCUACUAGUCGUUUAAUAUGACUGCUUAGUUUUUAUAAUUUUUAUUUUACUCCUUAUUUUUAUAAAUUAUAAGUCGGUGCUAUAUCCAAGGUUGUUAGUGAAUGCGACCUUUUAAAUAAAAAGUUAUUAAUUUGAUACCAUAUGGAAGGAGGCAUGAAAUAAUAUUUAUGUAAUUUUGAGUCACUUAAAUUUAUUUGCUGAAAUAUUAUAUUUUCGUACGCGUUAAACGGUUCAAUUGCUUUCGAUAAAGAAAUCUACGACACAGAAAAUAAGGGUGUGUUUGCAUGAACACAGCAAAUGGCCGGGCAGGAACCUGGUGUGCAGUAAACUUUCCAAAUGGCCAAUAAAGUGACGUCAAUUGGAAAAUGAUACCAGCGUCUGAAUCGAAUUUACGUGUGUGCUAAUAUAUUGAUAGUAAUCGACAGUAGGGGAUGUAGCUACAUCAGCAGCGCUCGGAUCUGUUGCUUUUAUGUAUGUUCUUGUAGAUUCGUUAUUAAAACUCUUUAUGUUGCUUAUAGUCAUAUUGUUUGCAUUUAUUAGCAUAUAUUUUAGAUCUAUUUUCAAAAUGUGGUCAUAUAUUAUGUAGUUGAUAGAUAUUCGAAGAAAUUAGGCAUGAAAAUAAUGCACAAAAAAUGUGCCAAUUUCAAAUGUUUCCAUAAAUACGGUGUGCUGAUAUGAAAGGUAACUUUUUAGAAAAAAAAUUAUUUGUGACCAUGUUUUUGAAAAUCAUAGUUUUUGUAAAGCUCACUUUGGGCUAUCUAUCAUAGCGUAGUGAGGUAGUGAGUGCACAUAUCACUUGCAUGUCUGAUGCUUACUUGACGUUUUUGAGAACAGUGAUCUCACGAAAUAAACGCGGGAAUCGAUUAAAAAUGGCGCGGAAAGAUCAUACUGAAAGUGUUAUUUUGUUAAAUGUUCCAUAAAUAUUUAAAAAUGAGAAAUAAUUUUAUGUUAUAGAUUAAAAAUAUCCUUAUCAAUUCUAUACCCUUUCCGUAUGAUCUGUAUAUUGGUGAUUGUUCGUUUCUAAUUUAAUAUUGGGAUGGUAUUUUUUUGGCUCGUCAUUUAUAGGCUUUUAAACUAAAUAUUAUUUAAUGGAGAUUCAAAAUACUCUAUAAAAAUCACGAAGUAUAAUUUUGAAGUCUAAUCUCAUUUAUUUUAAAAUAAAUAUUCGUUAAUUUUAUAAAAUUUUAACAUUUUUUUUUUCUGGAACGCGUCUGUCUAUGUCUACUCUGUACUUAUUUAUAUUUUGGGGGCAAACGAGAUAAAUACCUAUUAUUAAUUUGGCGCGAAAUAGUAUCAUCAAUCACCAAUAUAGAACAUAUUUCAUCUGAACUCAAAAUUAAAUUUGCCUCGUUAUUUAGUCAAAAACGUAGUAUUUAAGGGAAAUACAUGUCUGAAACUAUGUCUAAGUCUAAAUUAACAAGUAUACCUGAUUUUUAGAUUAGGUAGUUAUAGUUCCCUGUAUGUUUUUUGAUAUGUUUUACAUCGGGCCUGUUUUACGAUGGUGAUUUUAUAUUUAUGAGAGUCGAGAGAAAAAAGGAAACGAAAAUAAAUGUUAAAUAGAAAGUUUUAGGACAUCGUCCUAUAGAAUAAUAGUGUUAAGAUGUUAAAUAGCAUUUAUUUUUAAUAUUUAUGCGUUAUAGCGAUUCUUUGCAGCGAUGGUCGUUUGACAGUAAUUCCAUAGACAAAUAUAAGGAAACGCAUUGUUGUACUGUCAAAUUGAAUGUACAUUGUCUGCAAAUAGCUCAGAUAUUGUGUCAAAAUGCUUAAAAAUUGCUCAUGUUGAUGAUAAACGAAAUAAGUAAUAAGACAGCGAUGUCAUAACAUCGGCAAUGUCUGUAUUACCUGCCAAAAUAUAAAUAAAAUAAUUAAUUUUAUUUAUUCCUAUAUAAUUUAUAAAUUACUCAUAUACUUGGAGAACUAAAUAGUAAAAAAAUAUUAGGAAAUCCCAAUAAGGAAAAUUUAAGAUAAUUCAGAAAAUUAUAAAGUAAAUAUAAACUAAAAACAUUUUUUUUAAUUGGACAGAUUAAGUAAACGAUUGUCGGUUUUAGUGCAUUAACAGUUGUUAAUCUUUGUGUACAUUAUGAACCAUUGAUAUACAAAAAACUCAAGAUGUACAUACCGUCAUAGGAAUUAGAGCGUAUACAAACAAAUGGCAUCAUUUGAGUUGCACUUAUUUCACGCUAAUUUCAAACAUGGUGAAAUAUUGUUAAAUUUUGUAUAUAAUGUGAUAUCUGAACGCAAAAUUUGUCGAUUUACCGGUAAGUAUUCUGAAUCUAAUAACUGUAUAACUGUUAUUUCAUUCGUAAAUAUAUUUUGGAUUCAGUUUUAAUUUGAUAUCUAUCACGGUUUCAUAGUACGUGUGGCGACGAUCAGUUUUAUUUCUUUAGUUUUUAAUAUAGUUUUAUAAUAUGAAUGUCAAGGAUACAUUCUUGUAAUAUGUAGUUGCAAUUGUACCCGUUUGUAUUUUUAUUGAUAUUUGUUAAGAGAGGGACUGGCUGUAAACAAGCGCUGUGCAGCUGUACACACUGCACUGGGACACUCGCAGCAUCAGCUCAACCAGUUCCUUUUGCCUGAUAUGAGUCACUUAUAUAUAAUAUUUCUGUAUUUUCUGUUGUAACUAUGUAUUUUUCUGGCAAUAAAUAUUUUCUAUUUUAUUCUAUAUGAAUUUGUAAAAAAUAUUUAGACCCAUUUUGUAUGGGAAUCUAAAGUUUUUUGUAUAUCAAUCAUACGAACUUAAACUUAUUUAAUAUUGAGACUAAUUUGUGAAUAUAAUUCUAAAUUACAUUUGUUAAAAAAAAAUGCGACCUGUGACCGUGAUCGCAUCGUGUCACUGAACCCACACAAUUACAGCACACACAAAAUAAAUAAUAAUCCAUUUUUAAUAUUUACACGAAUACUCAAGCACGUCCAUUUCUAUAGCACGAUCUGUAAUACACUUAUUAAAUUUAAAGUUUUAAAUAGUACGACUUCUACACGGUGGCUUUGAAAAUAUUUUAAAACGAGUAAGCCUGUCUUCGGCAAUCAUAAAUAAUAGGUUAGAAAUUAAUUUUCAACGUCUCAAUCCCAUGGGAUUCGAACUCACAUCCGUGAAUUUCCAAACCACGGGUACUACAAAUGUAAUGACGUUUGAAAAUUUGCCAACUGAUAGGAUUCCUUCCACGAUAUGUAUAGAAACACAAUGGCACGAAUAGCAAAUAAAUGUGGGUUCGAAUCAUAAAAAAAGUCAAAUUUUCCCAUACUUUAUAGUUAAAUAUUAAUAAAUUGUAUACUUUUAUUAAUAUUUAAAAAUUUACUUUCUAAAUCUUGUAUUAUAAGUUGUCAUCUAAUAAAUUAAACAAAAUUUGCAAGUAUUUUUUUAACAUUUCUUUUACACAUUUUCCCGCCACUUAAUUCACUGCUAUCUAUUGGUCGCUUACCGAAACAAGUCCGCCGUGUAGCAGUAUUUAUACUCACCGUUGUGAUCGCGUUGUGCACAAUUUACCACUCGUCACGUAUAUAUUUUAUAGUCGUAUGUAAUGUAAACUUUGUAGAAAUAUUUACAAGAGUUCUAACGAUAUUGUGUUACUUAAAUCUACGGCCUUUGGUAGUUUAACUUGUAAUUAAUAACCUAUAAUUAUAGGCUCCGAAGUUGGCCAUGUUUGGCGAGAGUUAAACUCGGUAUUUGUAAAAUCCUGUGGUAUUUUCUGUCUUUGUAUCGUAAUGUUGAAUAUAAUUUUCCUCAAGUAAUGAGCUGUCGAAUACAAAAAGAUUUUUUUAAAUCCGAUUGGUUGUUCAAGAGAUUGGCGCGAAAAAAUAAAACUGUUUCGCUUUAUUAUAUUAAAAGUUAAAUUAUUGUUAUGUUUUAUGCAAAUAAAAAAAAAAUAGGAUAGAAUUUUAUAAAAACAAGAAACCUUAUUGUACAGUCUAUUAUUGAAUUGGAGAGGUACUGAAAGUAAAAAAAAAAAAAAUCAUUUCAUAAAAUAAACAAAAUUUAACUCUGUCAAACAUGGUGCGUACUGUGUUACGGCUAUAUUGUAAUUUGUAGUUAACUAUAUCAUGGAAUCCUAACUUUAGGUGCAACCGCCCGACAAAUGAUCCCGAAGUUCAUUCAGAACCAAUCUGUAAGGUGUUUAAGCUUGAAGAUGGAUAUUCAUCCAGUUAUUUUUGCCAAGAGAUUUAUUUUAAUAUUUUAAUAAAUAAAUAAAUAUAUAUGUCAUGUUGUGUAACGAUGUUUGUCCACAUUAAUCCGAUUUUGUUAAUUAUUUAUUUUAAAAGAUCAGCACCGUGCUGGUAACGACCUUUAGUGUUGUAGUGUUCAUAGGCGAUGUUAGCCAUUUUCCAUUAGAUGGUUUGCAUCCAUGACAAUAAAAAAUGUAGCCAGUGCCUGAUAUAAAUUACAAUAUAACCGUGACAUAGUGAAUGAGCCUGACUCUCGAUGUCCAAUGACGACAAUAUUGCACUGUAUUCCUAUCUAUGAUGUAGUUGUCUUUAUUUUGGAUUAUCGUAUAUAUAAUUUAUACUUACACACUGUUAGCUAGUUUCUUUCGAAGAGUACUAACUGUAUAUUUUCUACUUUGAUUUAUUGUAUUCGUUACAACGGAUUUUGUAUUGUACCCCAUUGUUUUAUGAUUUGUUUUCAAAUAAAAUAUUUUACGGUUAA